AUGUCUUUGGAAGGACUUCCCGAUGAUUUCGUCUUAUCAACUCUUCGAACGUCUGAAUGUUUCCAAAGAGUAAAAAAUGGAAAGAAAAUCGUGAACGUAAGCUAACACAUCUUAAAUUGUCAAAAUUACAGACUAAUCCAAGGGCUGCGUUGGCCUAUAUACUAAAUUUCAUGGAGUCUAGCCAUUUUAUUUCUGUGCUCGAAUUUUUGGCCUUCGCUCCAAAAGCUAAAAAUUGUUUUCCAGGUGUCUCCAAGUGUCCUCUCCAAAGACGGCUACUUAUCCAUCGUCUAUCUCGUCGAAGUCAUCUUCAACGAUGACUCCAAAUUCUCUUGCAUUCUCAAGAUCCCGUCGGCUAAAAGGUACAUUGAAGCGAUGGGCCAGGAUGAAAAGAAUGCCAAUUUGGCUCCAUUAGAGACAUUGCACAACCGUGAAUGCCAAGCAUUCGAAAUCCUGAGACAAUGCAAUACCACUGCGCCAAAACUUUAUGCCUCGAAACAAGUCGUUGAUGUCGCCAAGGACUCCGGAUACGUUUUAAUGGAGAGUUUUGUGGAUAAUGCGGCAGUGUUUGGGAUUUUCACCGCUCCCACUGAAGAGCAGUGCAUCAAUGUUGCACAUAAUUUGGGUAAAUUGAGAGCCGAGGUGGCCAAGGUUCCACUUGAAAGUUAUAGUAUGUGGAAUGAGCCUUUUCGAGUGGAACAGGACAUGUUGACGGUGUUGAUGCAAAAGCAUAUUCCGGCGUUGAUAAAACAUGACAAAGGUGAGGGUGAUUUAAGUGACAGGGCAUCAUCGUUCCUUUUCAGAAACUUUUGGACCGUUAACCGAGGAAUUGGAGCCAUUUACAAACAGAAAAACCUUCUCAUAUCUGAUGAAAGGUCAUGCUGAGAAAUUAGGUAAGGCUCCCAUCAGAAUACGAAAUGAUUUUCUAGGAGUUCAAUCACUCACCCACGGUGAUCUCCAUGGUGGAAAUAUGAUCGUGAAACUAAAUCCAGAUGGCUCCCGGUCCAAUGAAAUCGCUUCUUUCAUCGAUUGGCAGACUAGCUUCUGCGGAAAUUCCUUAUACGAUUUGACUACAUUCCUAUCCUUUGCUGAUGCUAAAACUAGACACAAAAUGGAAAAAAUUGUCCUUGACGAGUACUACAACACUUACCUGGAGCAUUGUCAAAGUCCCGACCCGAAUUUCAGCCGAGAAAUCUGUCAAGAACUUUAUGAUAUUGCCCUGAUGAUGAGUGGAAUUGAAUGGCAACAUUGGUUUGGAAUUUUAACUGAUAAUUCAGGAAAUAUGAACGAGGAUGACAUGAAAGAACUCAAGGAAAAGUUGGCUGUGCAGACACGAGACGUUAUACAGGAUGCAAUCCGAUUGAUUAGGAAAUAUGAUUUACAAAGUCUUAUAAAUAACGCCUGA